CCCCCCCCCCCCCCCCUCACUCGUUCAGCUGUCACUCUGUCCGUCACUCCUCAGGAUAUCCCCUUUCCCUGAUUCUAGGAUUUCAUAAUGCACCGGGCUCCGGGUCUGUCUCCGAGCUGAGCUUCAUGUCUGCUGGACAACAUGGACACAUGGACAGAGUGCAUGGACAUGAGGAAGGGCCACAGUCCAGAGCCGCAGAGCCUCUAACUGAACUUUAAACAACAGGAAGCAGCCUGUUUAUUUAUUUACAGAAGCUCACACACUUUGUUUAAGAGCAGGUGUUUGUUCAUGUGCGCGAGUUUCCUGGACCUGUUGGAUCUACAGUCAUGGGCAACGCAGCAGGAAGCAUGGAGGUUCCUCUCCAGAAGGAGGCGAAGCCGGCGGCGGCCCCUCAGGGCUCCACGGGGCCCCAGAAGCAAACUGCGGGGCUGAAGCUCCCGAUGCCUCCUGAGGACGAGCUGGAGGAGCGGUUCAGUGCAGUGCUGAACACGAUGAAUCUGCCUCCGGACAAAGUGAAGAUCCUCAGUCAGUACGACCACGAGAAGAAGUGGGAUCUGAUCUGUGACCAGGAGCGCUUCCAGGUGAAGAAUCCCCCGUCUGCGUACCUGGACAAGCUGAAGAGUUUCCUAGAUCAUGGAGGCGGCGGUCGAAAGUUUAAGAGACGAGUCCAGGAAUCAACGCAGAUCCUCAGAGAGCUGGAGAUCUCCCUCAGGACCAAUCACAUCGGCUGGGCUCAGGAGUUCCUGAACGAGGAGAACCGAGGCCUGGACGUCCUGGUGGAUUAUCUGUCUCACGCUCACAGCGCUGUCACGUUGGACGCAGACUGUUUGGACGGCGGCUCUCUGCCCUCAGAUAAAACUAAAAGUUUGGACAGAUCUUUGGAGGACGUGAGCAGAAGUGCCAGCAGCUCUCCGUCCCACAGCUCGACCAAAACCAGCAAGACCUUCACUGCCAGGAAGGUGGUGAGGAGCUCGCGGGUCGUGAGCCAGAAAGACGACGUUCACCUCUGCAUCAUGUGUUUACGUGCCAUCAUGAACUAUCAGUCUGGGUUCAACCUGGUGAUGAAACAUCCCAGCUGUGUCAAUGAGGUCACACUGAGCCUCAACAACAGGAACCCACGGACGAAGGCUCUGGUGCUGGAGCUGCUCGCCGCCGUGUGUCUGGUCAGAGGAGGUCAUGACAUCAUCCUCUCGGCCUUCGACAACUUCAAAGAGGUGUGUGCAGAGAGAAGCAGGUUCGAGAAGCUCAUGGAGUUUUUCCACAGUGAAGACAACAACAUCGACUUCAUGGUGGCGUGCAUGCAGUUCAUCAACAUCGUGGUUCACUCAGUGGAGAACAUGAACUUCAGAGUUUACCUCCAGUACGAGUUCACUCGACACGAGCUGGACGAUUACCUGGAGAGGUUGAAGUUCACAGAGAGCGACCGGCUGCUGGUGCAGAUCCAGGCGUACCUGGACAACGUGUUUGACGUGGCAGCUCUGCUGGAGGAUGCGGAGGCGAAGAACGCUCUGCUGGAACACAUGGAGGAGCUGCAGGAACACAACACACAGCUGAGCUGCCGACUCCAGGAGAACGAGAGGGAGACGAUGGAGAAAGAUUCAGAGUUUGAGAAAAAACUCAUUCAGACGACCAAAGAUGUGGAGCUGCUGAAGGAGAGUCUCCGGGAGUCGAGCUCUCAGGUGAAUCUGCUGCAGCAGCGAGAGAGCGAGCUGCAGCGGGAGAGCGACAGGGAGCGAGAGAGGGACAGGGAGCGGGCCACCCAGGCCCUGAGGGAGCUGGAGGUCAAAGUUCAAGCUCUGGUGGAGCAGGGGCUGGUCCGGAUGGAGCGCUCCGGGUCCGGACACCUGGAGCUCCAGGUGGUCCCUGUCAUCCGGGACGAGGCUCAGACAGCUGAAGAAGAAGCAGGUACAGAUGAGGAGGCCACGCCCACCUCCUCCGACCCUCCACCAUGUCUACCUCAGGUUGAAAAAUCACCUCCACCACCUCCACCUCCUCCCCCACCACCUCCGAGCACCACCAGAGCUCCUCCUCCUACUCCUGUAGCCCCUCCUCCUCCCCCUCCUCCCCCUCCUCCCCCUCCACCACCUGUAGCUCCACCUCCUCCUCUGCUGCCCCCUGGAGGUGGUACGACCCAGCACUCAGGGGCUGAUGGGAGCUCAGGUUGUAAACCAAAGAAACCGAUUCAGACCAAAUAUCGUCUUCCGCUGUUGAACUGGCAGGCGCUGAAAUCCAACCAGGUGUCAGGAACCAUCUUCAACGAGCUGGACGACGAACACGUCCUCGAGGAGCUCAACAUGGCCGCCUUCGAGGAGCAGUUUAAGACCAAGGCCCAGUCGGCCCCCGUGGCCCCGGGGACCCUCAAGAUGAAGCUGGCUCAUAAGACCCAGAGCAAAGUGUCUCUGAUGGAGCCCAACCGGGCCAAGAACCUGGCCAUCACCCUGAGGAAGGAGGGCAUGGCUGCGUCCGACAUCUGCUGCGCCAUCGAGACGUACAACCAGCGAGCUCUGAGUCUGGACUUCCUGGAGCUGCUGGAGCGCUUCAUCCCCUCGGAGUACGAGAUGAGGCUCAUCCACAACCACGAGUGUGAGGGCAGGCCCCUGGACGAGCUCAGCGAGGAGGACCGCUUCAUGGUGCGCUUCAGCAAGAUCCCGCGGCUCUGCCAGCGAAUCAGAGCGCUCACCUUCAUGGGCAACUUCCCGGAGAGCGUCCAGCUGAUCCAGCCCCAACUCGACGCCGUCAUCGCCGCCUCGAUGUCGAUCAAAUCCUCCGGCAAACUGAAGAAGAUCCUGGAGGUGGUCCUAGCGUUUGGAAACUACAUGAACAGCAGCAAGCGAGGAGCGGCGUACGGCUUCCGGCUGCAGAGCCUCGACCUGUUGUUGGAAACGAAAUCCACCGACCGCAAACAGACGCUGCUGCACUUCAUCGUCAGCAUCAUCCAGGAGAAAUACCCAGAAGUCCAGAGCUUCUACUCGGAGCUGCACUUCCUGGACAAAGCCUCCAUGGUGUCUCUGGCCAGCAUCCUGCAGGACGUGCGAGCUCUGGAGCGCGGCAUGGAGGCCACCGCCGCCGAGUUCUCUCUGGAGCAGCAGAACCCGGUCCUGAAGACGUUCCUCAGCACCAACACCGAGCUGCUCGACUCCCUGGUGGCUGAUGGGAGAACUGCACAGGAUGUGUACGACUCGGCAGUGGAAUACUUUGGAGAAAACUCCAAGACAACUCCUCCCUCCAUGUUCUUCCCAGUGUUUGUCAGAUUCAUCAAAGCGUACAAGCAAGCGGAGCAGGACAACGAGCAGAAGAGGAAACUGGUCCUGAACUGGGAAACUCCGUCGACUCCCAGUAAACCUGACGUCAUGGAGAACAAGGUUUCCACGCUGACCCGGCUGCCACAGAUGGAUUUGAUAGCCGAGCUGAAGAGGAGGCAGGUGUCUCCGCUGGUGAGGGAGGGGAAGGACGGAGCCAUCGAGGACAUCAUCACAGAUCUGAGGAAUCAGCCGUACCGGCGGGCGGACGGCGGGCGGCGCAGCGCCAAGUGGAAACCAGGACAGCAGCUGCACGUGUCCUCAGACAUCUCCCUGUGAGGACGAGUCCAACACCAGACACCUCGUCUUCAUCUUCAUCACCUGCAGCUCAACACACGUCCCAGCAGCUGAGGAAGACCAUCUCCAGGAAGAGGCCGAGUUUUGACUCAAGAAUCAUUUUUAUAACUUUUUAAAAAUACAAAUAUUCUCCACAUGAUUUUAAAAUUGGGUUCAUUUAAAAUUAAAUAUGAAUUAUGAUCGGUUUCUGAAGUAGAGAUGAGAAAUUAAAUUGGAGAUUUGUAAGAGAUUUAAAUUAUUUUUAAUACUAAAGUGUAAGAAUGAUGAACUAAUACUUUAACAUUUCAACAAAUAAAGGAUUUUAUACUGUU